AAAUCAAUCGCUAAAUUUUCUCGAAAGUCUACCUCUUGGUUCCGACACCCUCAAUCGAGAUAUGGCUCGAAACGAAGAGAAAGCCCAGUCGAUGCUCAAUCGAUUCAUAGCCCUAAAAGCAGAGGAAAAAAAGAAACCUAAAGAACGACGCCCUUUCCUCGCCUCCGAGUGCCGUGAUCUUGCCGAGGCCGAUAAAUGGCGUCAACAAAUCAUGCGGGAGAUCGGCCGCAAGGUCGCCGAGAUUCAGAACGAAGGCCUCGGAGAACAUCGACUUCGAGACCUUAACGACGAGAUCAACAAACUUAUCCGAGAGAAGUCUCAUUGGGAACGCCGUAUCGUUGAACUCGGUGGCUCUAAUUACGCCAAACACGCCCCUAAAAUGACGGAUUUAGAAGGGAACAUAGUGGAUGUUCCGAACCCUAGCGGACGUGGUCCUGGUUAUCGGUAUUUUGGAGCGGCGAAAAAGUUGCCAGGAGUCAGAGAGUUGUUUGAGAAGCCGCCGGAGUUGCGAAAGAGGAGAACUAGAUAUGAUAUUUAUAAGAGGAUUGAUGCGAGUUAUUAUGGGUAUAGGGAUGAAGAGGACGGGGUUUUGGCUAGAGUGGAGGGGCCAGUGGAGGCAAAGAUGAGGGCUGAAGCGGAGGAGGAAUGGCGGAGAGUGGAGGAGAUUAGGCGAGAGGCAAGGAGAGGAGCGAAGGAGGUGGUAAGCGUUGGAGCUGCGGCGAGGGAAGUGUUGUUUGAGGAAGAGGAGGAUGUGGUAGAAGAGGAGAGGAGGGAGAGGGAGGAGAAAGAGAGGAAAGAUAAAGAAAGAGAAUUCGUUGUGCACGUGCCCUUGCCUGAUGAGAAGGAAAUCGAGAGGAUGGUUGUUGAAAGGAAGAAAAUGGAACUUUUAAGUAAGUAUGCGAGUGAAGGGUUGUUGGAGGAGCAGAGUGAAGCCAAGAACUUGCUUAAUAUUCAAGGAUAGAAUAGACACCGGUAAAAUUGUAUCUUUUAAUCCAGAACUUAGAUGAUAUCAAGUUUUAUAACCUUUCUGUUUUGGUUAGAUUGCUUUUAGAUUGAGUUCCAAGAAUGACUUUUCCAUAUGCAACUUGGUUUUUGUGUUUGGAAAAGAGCUAGAAAAUUCAUUAUAUUUGCAAA